UCAAAUAAGGUGCCAGUUGUGCAGCCGUCACAUGCAGUGCAUCCCCUCACACCUCUCAUCACAUACAGUGAUGAGCACUUUGCUCCAGGAGCUCACCCUUCCCAUAUUCCGUCAGAUGUCGGCCCUAAGCAAGGCAUGCACAGGCAUCCUCAAGCACCUGACCUUCCUACCUUCUACCCACUGUCUCCAGGAGGAGUGGGCCAGAUGACACCACCUCUUGGCUGGUAUUCACAUCACAUGGUCCCUGGUCCUCCGGGUCCUCACACAACUGGAAUCCCUCAUCCCGCUAUUGUCAAUCCUCAGGUUAAACAAGAACACCCCCACAGUGACAAUGACUUAAUGCAUGUGAAAACUCAUCAUGAACAGAGAAAAGAGCAGGAGCCAAAAAGACCUCAUAUAAAGAAGCCGCUGAACGCUUUCAUGUUGUAUAUGAAAGAGAUGAGAGCGAAUGUCGUAGCGGAGUGUACGCUUAAAGAAAGUGCCGCCAUCAAUCAGAUUCUCGGCAGAAGGUGGCAUGCUUUAUCCCGUGAAGAACAGGCCAAAUACUAUGAGUUAGCCCGCAAAGAAAGGCAGCUACACAUGCAGCUCUAUCCAGGCUGGUCUGCAAGAGACAACUAUGGUAAAAAAAAGAAAAGGAAGAGAGAAAAGCUCCAAGAAUCCACAUCAGGUUAGUUGACAUGCUUUUUCGUUUUGUGUUUGCAAUAGCAAA